AUGGAAGGCGUCAAUUCACAGCAGGAGGUGGUUGCGACUGAAGAACUCGAUGAUGCGGUUGGAUUGGCUAUUUCAGGCGAUGAUCCGGUUGGAUUGGCUAUUUCAGGCAAUCGUAAUCCAGGAUUGUUUUAUGAUAUAACUAUGCGAUUGGAAAGGCAUGUAUUCCGUGUAUUGAUUGUAGGGGUACUUAACCACUGUGUUUUUGCAGCUGAUCAGGGCUUGUUAGGGGUGUCAGUGAGUUCUAUUGAUGAAGCAUAUGAGGUUUAUAAUGAUUAUGUUUUCAGGCUAGGUUUUAGCGUGAGGAGGGGUAAGCAAAGAUAUAGUGCUGGUACAAAACAAUUGAAGAUGAAGGAGUUUAAUUGUUCAAAGUCUGGGUUUAAAAGGGUUUUAAGAAAUGGAAGUUAUUUAAAAGUUGAUGUACGGACAGGUUGUCGUGCAUCUGUUCAAUUUGAUUCAGAUGGGAAUGGGAUGUGGACUGUGACAAAGCACCAGAAGCUUCAUAAUCAUGAGUUUGUUCCAACGACCAAGAGUUAUCUUCUACGGUCACACAGAUCAGUGUCUAGAAAUCAUCUUUCCUACCUAAAGGAUUUGAAGAAGAGCGGUGUUUGUGUGGCUGAUGGUUUACGGUUUCUUAAAACACAAUCAGGGGGGUCACCACUCGUUGGCUUUACAAGCAGGGAUGCAUAUAACUCGCUGUGCACUGAUGUAUUGAACAAUUUGGAUGGAACCGACUCAAACACAUUAAUUGAAAUAUUUAGACAAAGGCAGUCAAGUGAAAAGGAUUUUUACUUUGAUUUCGAAGUGGAUGAUGAGUCAAGGUUGUGCAACUUUUUUUGGAGAGAUGGGAAAAUGAUGCGAGACUAUGAAUUGUUUGGAGAUUUGUUAGUUCACGAUACGACGUAUCGUACUAACAAAUAUGAUAUGAUUUGUGGUCCAUUCGUUGGUAUGAACCAUCACUGUAUGAACGUCAUGUUUGGAUGUGGUUUUUUGUUGAACGAGAGGAUUGAGUCGUUCGUAUGGUUGUUUAGGUCAUUUUUAAGAUCAAUCAAUAGGAAAAGUCCCCAAAGUAUAAUGACCGAUCAAUGCGCUGCCAUGGCUGCUGCUAUUUCCCAAGUUUUUCCAACCUCAAGACAUCGCCUAUGUAUAUGGCAUAUCGGUGAGAAUUCAAAGAAGCACAUCAAGGGACUAAGAAAUCAAAAAGAUUUUCUAGACAUAUUCAAUUGUCUAUUGAAACAUACAGAUACGGAGGCAGAGUUUGAGCUUUAUUGGACAAGAGAAAAAUGGUGCCCUGCAUUUAACAAAGAUUAUUUUUCUGGUGGUAUUUUAUCUUCACAAAGGAGUGAAACCACAAAUCACUCUAUUUCUAGAAGGUUAUCCAAGACUGCUGGGCUAUGUGAUUUCUAUAGCUCCUUUGUUGGUGUUGUUUCGGAGUGGAGGAGUAGAGAGAAUGGGGAAUAUGUCCGGUGUUCCCAAGGUGUACCUACAAUGGCUAUGGAUCAUAUUAAGAUUCUUUCACACGCUAGGGAUAUUUAUACGAUUGAGAUAUAUUACUUGUUCGAAGAGCAGUUUUUGAAAGGGGCAUCAUGCUAUCAAGAGUGUGUUCAAUUUGAAGGUGGUGUGUAUAAGUGUCACGUCUGGAGGCCGGAGGUUGAUAUUAUUAGGCAUGAAGUGAUUUUUAACGUUAGAGAGUUAGAUAUUUGGUGCAGUUGCAAGCUGUUCACUGAAACCGGGAUCUUAUGCUGUCACUGUUUACGCAUUUUAAACGUGCAUUGUGUGUCUGAAGUUCCAAAUAAAUAUAUUCUGAAGAGAUGGACUAAAAGAGUUUUGGAAGACGAGAAUGCUAAAAACAGCGAAGCACGCAAGAAGUUGGUUGUUUAUUGCCAAGAAAACAGCGAAGCACGCAAAAUUUUUGUUGUUUAUUGCCAAGAAAACAGCGAAGCACGCAAAAUUUUUGAGCAAGCAGUGUUAGAAAACAGCGAAGCACGCAAAAUUUUUGAGCAAGCAGUGUUAGAUGCCAACGAAGCACGCAAAAUUUUUGAGCAAGCAGUGUUAGAUGCCAAGAGAGCACGCAAAAUUUUUGAGCAAGCAGUGUUAGAUGCCAAGAGAAAAGUUGAACAUGAGUAUGGCCCUAUUUUCUUCGAAGGUGAAGAUUGUGAUGUGGGAUCGUCGAGUAGUGUUAUAAAGGAUCCAUCAAACAGUCGAUUGAAAGGGUCUCAAGUUGAAGAUGCUAUUUCUAAUAAAUCGGUGGGGCAGUCUCAAGUUGAAGAUGCUAUUUCUAAUAUAUCGGUGGGGCAGUCUCAAGUUGAAGAUGCUAUUUCUAAUAUUGCUGGUAAUGGAUACCUGGUGCAUCCAAUGUCUGGAGGUUCAACUUUUUGUCAUGUUAGUUCAAAUUCAAAUCAAGAGGACAAUUAG